UAUCUUCUUUGCCCUUGGCAGAGAGAGAGAGAGAGGGGUCAAAGGAGGGCUUUUCAAAAUACCAGCGAGCACUGCAAGUCUACCUUCGCGAGCUGCACAGCUGCAGUGCCCGGGCUCGUGAUUUUCCGAAUCGCGAGCUGGGACGAGAUCGUAAGCUCAUGAGACUCGCGCUGAGGAACGUCGUGCGCGAUUCCAAGAGAAUUUCUCUGCUCCGGAUCGCUGCCGUCGCCGUCGCCGGUUCUGGGGUUGCAUUCGCGAACGCCAAUGCCGAUACCAAGCCGGAGUUAUCGAUUGGGAUUUCUGCACCUUUGCGUAAACAACUGGAGCGACCAUGGCACAUUGGCCAGAUAACAGACUCUCGACCAGCUUUUCUAUCCUGGGAUCAAUUUCAAUCUGGUAUUCUUCCGACAUUCUCAUUUAGAGCCAUUCCUGCCUCACCUGAUGACGUAAAGAAAGAAUUGCCUGCUGAUGCCAGCGAAAGUCCGAAACCGUGUCCUCAUUGUUUGGGGAGGGACACCAUUGCAAAUGCAGCUGCUAGGGUUGGUCCUGCAGUUGUAAAUUUAUCUGUUCCGCAGGGUUUCCAUGGCAUUACCACUGGAAAGAGUAUAGGAUCUGGAACUAUUAUCAACAAGGACGGCAUGAUUUUAACAUGUGCUCAUGUUGUGGUUGAUUUCCAAGGUCUUCACUCUUCAUCUAAAGGCAAGGUUGCGGUAACUUUGCAAGAUGGUCGAACAUUUGAGGGUACUGUUGUCAAUGCGGAUAUGCAUUCUGACAUUGCCAUCGUAAAAAUCAACUCGAAGGCUCCUCUUCCAACAGCAGAACUUGGCUCUUCAGGCAAACUUCGACCUGGAGACUGGGUGGUAGCAAUGGGCUGUCCUCUUUCCCUUCAAAAUACUGUUACUGCUGGCAUUGUCAGUUGCGUGGACCGCAAAAGCAGUGAUCUGGGUCUUGGAGGAAUGCGAAGAGAGUAUUUACAGACUGAUUGCGCAAUCAAUGCUGGAAAUUCUGGAGGUCCUCUUGUUAAUAUUGAUGGAGAAGUUGUUGGCGUUAAUAUAAUGAAAGUAUUAGGUGCGGAUGGAUUGAGCUUUGCUGUACCAAUCGAUUCGGUUUCAAAAAUAAUAGAACACUUCAAGAAAAGUGGGAGAGUUAUUCGACCUUGGUUGGGAUUGAAAAUGGUCGAUCUCAAUGAGAUGAUCAUCGCUCAGCUCAAGGAAAGAGAUCCUGCAUUCCCCGAUGUCAAGAGAGGUGUUCUUGUACCGACGGUAACUCCAGGAUCCCCAGCCGAUCGUGCUGGCUUCCAACCAGGUGACGUAGUCAUCGAGUUUGAUGGGAAGCCUGUUGGCAGAAUCACUGAGAUAAUUGAAAUCAUGGGAGACAAAAUUGGGAUCCCAAUUAAGGUUGUUGUAAGAAGAGCAAAGGACAGUCGUGUCACUUUGACUGUAGUUCCGGAGGAGACCAACUUAGAUUUCUGAAAGAAAGGAGAAACUUCAAUUGAUAUGGCAUUGAACAAUGUAUGGUUUACUUGAUUCUUCUCUAUAUUGAAGUUAUACAAGGGACCGGAUGGUCUCACACAUCAAGAGAAAAAGAAACAGUAUGACCGCCAGAUAGAAGUAAAUCUUGGAAGAGUCCUGCAUAAAUUCAACAUUCUUUUAUCUUUAAAGAACCAACCAACAUUCCUUUUUUGGUCAAUCCGGUAAUUUCUUGAACAGAAAUCAGUGAAGCUACUCGUCGAUGGCAGCUAGCAAAGGGCAGGUUGCUGUGGUUCAAUAUGCAUUUCAGAUGUUGCUGGGCCAAAGAAAGUUAGAUCUUGUGGUUACUGAGCAACUUCAACUGAGAUUCCAGGGUAGAGCGGGCUAAAGUUUCUAUUGGUCUGAAGAAAUCGGGCUGCUCCUUGUAAACUUAUUGGUGGGUCUUGGAGCCCUAAUUUUGAGUGUGUUCCCACUCUGAAGUUUGACAUUUUGAACUCCUAUGGAGUUUCUUGGUCCUAUAAGGCAAGCUUCGGGAUGAUAAUUCGGGCAAUGCCAAACUCUUGGUCUUAUUCUGGACAGGAUUCAGGGAGCUAAAAGACAGUAUUAUAUAUGCAUCUUUAAUGACGCUUUUGCUAUGACAAA